AAAACCCUGUGAGACAUUUUAUCGAACAAUGACAGUGCUUAGCUCGAAGAAAAUCUUGCAAGAAAAGGGAACAACUGAUCCCGACUCCAUUACAUCUCUUUCUCUCACCCACAAAGCUCUCUCCGAUGUAUCGUGCUUGAGCGAGUUCAAGAAUUUGGAAAGGCUCGACCUGGGAUUCAACAAUUUGACUUCACUUGAGGGUUUGAAGUCAUGUGUGAAUUUGAAGUGGUUGUCAGUUGUGCAGAACAAGCUUCAGAGCUUGAAAGGCAUCGAACGCCUCGAUAAACUCACUGUAUUAAAUGCUGGAAAAAACAAGCUUACAUCAAUAGAUGAUGUCAAAAAUGUUUCAAGCUUACGUGCAUUGAUCUUGAACGACAAUGAGAUCAGUUCAAUUUGCAAGCUUGAUCAGAUGAAAGAGUUGAACACUCUGGUCCUUUCCAGGAAUCCGAUCAGUUCACUCGGUGAAUCUUUGGCCAAACUGAAAUCACUUACCAAACUUUCUCUUUCUAACUGCCAACUGAUAUCCUUCGAUUCAUCCCUGAAAUCCUGCCUAGAGUUAAAAGAGCUUCGCCUUUCCCACAACGAGAUCAUGACUAUCCCUAUUGAGUUUGGGAAUUUUCUGAAACUUCAGAAUCUAGACAUGGGGAACAACUUGAUCACCCGCUGGUCAAAUGUAAAGGUGCUCUCGUCGUUAGUUAACCUGAGAAAUUUGAAUCUACAAGGAAAUCCUGUUUCCGAAAAGGAAAAUUUACAGAAGAGAGUCAAAAAACUAUUGCCGAAUUUGCACGUCUUCAAUUCAAGACCGAUUGACAAAAUUGUUGGAAAAGAAGUUCACGAGAAAGUUGAAGACUUCUCUGUUGAUGCAGGAACUCUGGAUGGAAAUGACGAGCAAGUCAAGAAAUCAAAGGACAAGAAACAUAAAACAAAGCAUCAACUUGUUGAGGAGAAGCCUGAUGUUACGUUCGAUGAUGUUAUUAUAGGAAAAGAAUCUGACAAGAAAUCAAGAAAAAGAAAGAAAGGAGAUAAAGCAAAUAUAAUCGACAGCGCAGAAACCCCUUUUGCGGAUCUUUUUGCAAAUAAUGCUCCUGAAAUUGACAAGAUGCCCGAUAGUAGAUACGAUCAAGAUAUGGGUGCAAACCAUGGGCUUGUAACUAUUCAAACCGAGAAAAAGAAGAGGAACCGUGCUAUUGAUCCCGCUUCUUUCGAGUUGCCGCACGUUAAUGAAAUUGGAUUGGGUGGGCCAUCCACUUGGGAUUAGAUGCAACUGCUUGAGGUAUUCUUGAUUCUUGAUGCCCUUUUUUUUCUUUUCUUUUUUUCUGAUUCUAUCUCAUGUAAUCUCAAUCUAAUUAAGUUAAAGUUGUACAAUGGGUUGUUUGUUAGAGAAUGAAUUUAAUGUUUUGACCC